UUCAUGGAGCGUGAUGCUCUUGGCCUCUGUCGUUCAUAGUAUUUGUAUGUACUGUACCUCACACGUUCACACAUCCCCAGUGCUUUGGCAUUUCAUAGAUCAUGCUUUGUCAUUCAUGGGUGCAUCAUUAUCAACUGCAGAGGGAUGCUGCCCUAAAGCAAUCAGUUAAGGUGCAAGGACUUUUAAAAUGGGAAGCAUAAUUCAGUUGGGAAGCUGAUUUUUCAAAAAUUGAAGGCGAGCCUCCACAGCAUUCAAUCGUUGUGGUUUUGACCCACUUCAGCGGUGCCGUACCAAUCUCAGACAACAUUAAUCUUGUUCCAUAAUGUUCAUGUCUGAUCCCGACCAGUGGCAUGGUACCAGAGUGGCUUUGUUUUAUGGCCUGUGUUCCAUUUCCAUGAACUUCUUGAACAAACUCGUUGUGAGCACGUAUGAGUUCAAUUAUCCGUACCUUAUCAUGACUUGUCAGAUGGUUGUCACCGUCAAAUUCUUGGACCUGUUGCGCCAUUUCGGAUGCCACGAUCUCAAGCCGUAUUCCUUUCAAACCGCUCACGAUUUCCUACCCGCAUCCUUGUGCUUUGCUUUACAUUCCACAUUGAGUCUCACUGCUCUUCACGGGAUGAAUAUCCCGAUGUAUGGGGCUAUCAAGCGGUGCACUCCAUUGGUGAAUUUGAUCCUUAGCGUUGUUGUUCUCAAAAAGUCCAUGCCAUCCAACUCUCUUAUUUUGUCAAUACUCCUCAUCACCGUUGGUUGCUUUGUAGCCGGUCUUGGAGACUUGCAAUUUGAUCGACACGCCUACAUUAUGGGCUUGAUGAGUGUCUUGGCUCAAGGGGGAUACCUCACCUUGGUUCAAAAGAACUCAGAAAGUCGAAAGUCUACGUUGGAAAUGGUGUACGUCAACGGCUAUAACACUCUCCCCUUCUUUAUUACUUUUUCUAUCAUAAUGGGCGAACCUUCAGCGGCCUUCAAUUCUCAAAGUAUCCGAGAUACCACUUUCAUCUUGGCAUACAUCGUUCUGAUCCUCUUAGGGUGUAUCUUGACCUAUUCUCAAUUUCUAUGCGCGUCCGUGUGUUCAGCCCUCACCACGUCCCUCGUGAGUGUGGCCAAGUCCGUAGCUCAAACUGUGAUCGGGUUCGUCACUUUUGGUGGCGUCAAGUUUCAUCCUUUGAUCCUCUUGGGGAUCACUUUGAACACGUUGGGUGGUUUCAUUUACACCUAUAUCAAGUAUUACGAGGCUCGAUCCUUUGGACAAUCCAAGAAGCUCCGAGACGUGGAAUCGGGGUCAGCUUCCAACCAAAAAGCACAUUUAGUAGAGUUAGUUACAGAGGUCAUUCGGGAAGGAAUGAAUAAGGAGAAGGCAGCCAUUCAUUACUCGCAUCGGGUUUGAAGGAGACACAUACCCAAAAGUCUUGAGAUAUGUGAAUUAUAGUACUAAAUAUAUUUAAUUGGUAAACCAGUGGUUUACUCUUACUUGGC